AGUUAAACAGGCUUUCGUAAACUGUGGUAAACUACUUGAACUCACUCUAAAUGAGAGUCACAAUUGUAAUUUGGGUACUAUUACAAGGUUAAUCGUAGGUCUCAGGAUAAUUUUUAUGAGGCGAAGAAAACAGCAACAAUGACAGAGCACGAUCGCAUGUGUGGCAGCCGAUGUCUGGGUCCAAUGACUUUUCAUCUGCAACUGACAGGCCAAUAUGUCACCAUCGGCCAAGGAGGGCAACUGGCGUCCAGGGACACUUCAUCCUUUAUGAACGGGUUGGCUUUUCUAAGUCGCACUGUAAAGUUGGAUGAAAAGAUUUGUAUACGUAUCGAGGACUGCACCUCAUUGUGGGAUGGAGCUCUUCGUGUAGGUUUCACCAACAUCUGCCCAAAUACACACAGUAUCCCACCUGCCUCUAUACCAGAGCUGAGGGAUACGCCGGGCUAUUGUGUCGUGCCAGUGCCCGAGGACUUGUGUAGAUGCAGUGCAGUGAUUCAGUUCUGGAUAAACUAUGCAGGCAUGGUUAUUGUACAAGGAACAAGUGGAGAGAGAUUUUACCUCAAAGCAACGGGAUUGAACCUGAACAAAUCACUUUGGGUUUUCAUCGAUCUGUACGGGAGCACAAACACAGUGCGCCUUUUGGGCUCAAGGAGGGGAAGUCGUACAUCAUGCCCAGUUUAUCCCUUAAAUACCACACCAGGCAUCAACUGGCUUGUUGGUCAUACUACAGAUGGUGAGAGUCAAAUGCGAGAAGAAACACAUCGCAACUCCAACCUAAUCUUAACAGUAAAUAAUCACAGAGAAGAAACCAGAAAAGCCCGAAAAACAUCAUCUUGCUGGAAACCGAAUCUCUUCCUCCUACAGUAUGCCAAUCAGAAGACUGUUCCCAGCCCUGUAGACCGUUAUGAACUCACGAGAGCUGGCUUAGGAAUACCUGUUUGUGAGUCAGAGAGAAGUGUUGAUCUAAACUGGACUUGGAGAGAGCUAAAUCACUUCAUUUGCUCCAGCUAUCCCUUGGUCGAGCUGGAUUCGAUUGGUUUCUGUGCUGUGAAGGCUGAGAAACAUGGAAGACUUUGCAGAAUUCACAGCAACACUCUGAAGAAGCUGAAAAAGGAGUUGGGCGAGAGUGUUCUUUAUAUAAUACCCAGGAGAGACAUUGUAUUAAAUGAGAUGUCCACAAAUACAUUAUCAUCAGUCAUGAAUACCAAUGUUUUGUCAACACCAUGCUCUCCUCCCCCUGUUACUGCACAACAACGAAGGCACCGACUGACAUCAACCAACAGUUGCCUUUCAAAUUCAAGCCUGAACUCUUCAAUGGAGGACAUGGACAUUAGCUCUUUGCUCAGAGAGUUUCAGCACAUGCAUCUCAGCACCAGUGAGAAGGUUUCAGUAUUGGUUUACCGAAACAAGUUGCUGCAGAGUGCCAAAGAUGCUCUAUCCAACUGCAGUUUCCUCUGGACCAAAAUCCCUAUGGUGACAUUUGUUGGGGAGGAGGCUCUUGACUGUGGAGGUCCCCGGAGAGAGUUCUUCAGAAUCCUGAUGCUGGAGGUGCAAUGCUCUCUGGGCAUCUUUGAGGGGAAGCCUGGACAUUUGUUCUUCACGUAUGACCAAAUGGCCUUGGAGCAGCACAAGUAUGAGCUGGCAGGGAAGCUGAUUGCAUGGUCUGUGGCUCAUGGUGGACCAGGACUCAAAGCUCUUGAUCCCUGUUUGUAUCAGCUGAUGUGCACCCAGGAAUGUCAACUGGUAGACUUUGACUGGCACCUAAUACCAGAUGCUGACAUCCAGGACAAAUUGCAAAAGAUUUUGUCAUGCAACACAACACCCAAGCUCCAUAAGCUGCAAAGAGAACAAGGAGAUUGGAUUUGUGAGUGCGGUUUUCCUGGAAUUUACAGACCUGACAUUUCCAUCCGAGAUGUGCAAAAAAUUUACUCCUUUGCCGUACGACACUAUGUAUAUCUUAGAACAUCAAAUAUGAUUCAUCAGUUCACAGAAGGACUGAAUGCUUAUGGACAGUUCUGGGACAUGGUAAAAGCUAACUGGAUUGAGUUCCUGCCUAUCUUUACCAACAUGCAUGAGUCAUUAUCCAGAAGCACAUUCAAAGCCCUGUUCCAAAUCCACUGGAGUAAAGCAGGGACCAAGAUGAGGGAAGAUGAGGAGAAGACUAUUCAUCACUGGGAAUUGCUCCUUAAGAUGAUUGAGGACAAAAAAACUGAGUUACAUUAUGAGGAGCUUUUGGUUUUCAUAACUGGAGCGGAUGAAGUCCCACCACUGGGGUUCUCUCAAAAGCCCAGCAUUCACUUCUACCAGCCAGAGAGGCGUGGAUGCCGUCUACCAUAUGCAAACACAUGCAUGAUGGGAUUGUUCCUCCCCAGAAUUGUAAAAGAUGAAGUGGAACUGUACAGAAUGCUUAUGAGAGCAGUUAGAGACUCUGGAGAAUUUGGGAGAACAUAAAACUAUACAGUGUAAUUCUAUAUUCUAAAAACAUAAUUAUGCCCAUUUAUAAAUUAUUAUUAUUUCAUUAAAGCACCUAUGUACAGUGAUUUGUAUAUGUUAUUUUUAUGAUGUUAUAAUGUUUUCUACACAAGGUAUUUGUAAAUAAAAAGGUUAUAUUUUAUUGUCAUACAAAUGUCAGACAUGAUUUAAAUAAAAUGUA